AUGUUCCUCUUCUCCAAAAAGCACAAGACCCCCGUCAGCACUUACACCGACUCCUACCGACCACCAUACUCUGUCAAAAAGGCCAUCUGUGACCGGGGGCUGCUGGAGGCCUGGAAAGAAAACAAGUUUGUGACACCAGGAUUAACGGUGCCUCCGGUGCCAACUCCAGCCAUCCAAAUUCCACCCGAGCUGAUGGCAAAGGCAGCAAUGCAGGAGUACUACAGGAACACCAUUGACCCCGUUGCCUACGGGCCUGGGAAGUACUGGCUGGACAGGUCCAAAGAAAAGUACAGGUCAGUUGUUGUCGGUGAUGACAAACACAUGUCCUGGAGAACAAGUCCAAGCACUACGGCCUGGAGUAAGGAAUCUUCUUACCUCCCUCUCCUGCCCAAGGAGACAAAGAUGAAUACCUGGCUGUACACCAUACCCGUGAUGUGCCCUCUGAGACCCAUGUGCCUCAAUCAAUAUGAGAAGGCGGUGGUUACUGACAUGCUGCAUAAGGUGCCAGUGUACACCAUGACAGGGAGGAUACCCUUCCAGAACUACUACAUUCCCUGCUCUGGGCGACACUGCUGCCUGCGAGGGAUUGACUACUAUCUUGAUGGGACACCUGCCACCAGAAAGAAACUCUUUGCAGUAGAGGAGAGGGCUGAACAUCCCGUGCUGCCACCAUCACAGCCCCAGAACAAUACUCCAUGCCUUUGCUCGCCAGAAGCGGUUUUUUUGUUCUUCUUCCUCACUGGAGUUUUCCUUCCAUGGCUGAUUGAUAACUCUAUCUGCUUUCCUAGGUGGGACACAGGCCUCUUCACAAAUACACAAGGAGUCCAGAGAGGCAGCUACACCAUCCACCCCGAGUUUGUGUCCGAGGAUUUGUACGCUUCUGCCUAUUGAAGAGCA